CGAGUUCAGUAGCAGUCGGCUGCCGGGGACAGCAACAACAAGCCCAGCAGAACAAUUAGUCAACCGAUAUUUAGUGGCACAGACAUAUAUCCACAUAUAGGUUCGAAGCGCACAUGAAGCUGGUCAUGUAAGACUCGGCGAUUACGGUGAAGAUAUGCUGGUUUGCGGUGAAUGCGUUUAACGGUGGAUCUUCGCUUGCACCGCUUGCAACGCAGCCCACAAAGAUACCCCUAAGAUACAGAAUGGCCUCCGGCAACAGCAACAGCAACAACAACAAUAACAGCAACAGCAGCAGCAGCCCCGCCGAUCUGGACAGCCAGGUCAAUGUGGAGGAUUUGCCCAUAACGUUCAAGGUCAAGUACAUUGGCUCGGAGGUGGCCCGCGGAUUGUGGGGCAUCAAGUACACGCGCCGCCCGGUGGACAUAAUGGUGGGCGUGGCCAAGAACCUGCCGCCCAACAAGGUGCUGCCCAACUGCGAGCUGAAGGUGUCCGCCGAGGGCGUCCAGCUGGAGAUCAUCGCGCCGAAGGCGAGCAUCAACCACUGGAGCUACCCGAUCGACACCAUCUCGUACGGGGUGCAGGACCUCGUCUACACAAGGGUCUUCGCCAUGAUCGUGGUCAAGGACGAGGCCAGUCCGCAUCCCUUCGAGGUGCACGCCUUCGUCUGCGACAGUCGGGCGAUGGCCCGCCGUCUGACCUUCGCCCUGGCCGCCGCCUUCCAGGACUACUCGCGGCGGGUCAAGGAGGCCUCCGGCGAGGGGGAGGGGCAGGGGGACAGCGACGCCACGCCCAGCGACUCGAUCACGCCCACGCGCCAGAAGUUCGCCAUCGACCUGCGGACGCCGGAGGAGAUCCAAGCCGGCGAGCUGGAGCAGGAAACGGAGGCGUAGUCGGGGAUCCACUGUACAGUCGCCCCCUUGUGAUGUGUUAGUUACUUAACGUCCAGUGUCCACUGUAUUUGUAAAUUGUACUAGUAGUUCUCUCACCCGGUAGUUGCCUCAUACAGCUAAUUACCCAAAGCCUAAGUGUUAAUGCGAUCUGUAAACGAUUCCUACAAUAAAUCACCAAUAUUGUA